AUGGGUUUGUAUACAAUCCUAGUAACCAAGGCAACUCGGCAAUCGAAAAAAUCCUUAGCUGGUGUAAGCUUUCACUUCGCCACACGAGACCAAAGAGAAAGAAGUGACAAAAAAGAUACGGCGUUAGCUAACUGGAAUAAGAGCAAAGAGUCUGUUCGAGUGAUAGGGUGUCAGUUAAUAAAUAACCAGUCAAUAGACAAAAUUCCGCCUGAUAGAACGGCUGCAUCAACGAUUUUCGGUGGUGAGGCUCCAAAGGCCUCAACCACGCCUGUAAUGGAUAUAGUAAACAGAGAUCCCAACAGCCUUAAUGAGUAUUUACAGCAAUUACGAGACGACUUGCGGAUGGUGGAUGUCCCUCUAAAGCAGCCGAAAAGGAAGGAAUCUCCACCAACUCCCGCCCCAGGGCCCUACCUUACCACUGUUGAAUUUGAUGAUGUCAUCGCUGAGCCUGAAGGUACUUAUUCUCCAAGCUGUGUGUGGGAGAACUCUAAAUAUGUUUUCACGUGUUCAAAGAACUGCUGUUACCGAUGUCUGUCCAUGGUAUGCGGACUACCCAUAGCUCUCAUUGUAGGUUGCAGUUUUGCUUGCCUGACAUUCCAGCAUGUGUGGUGCAUCGGACCUGCACUCAGACAGUUCACAAUCAACUGCCACGCUGUUAGGCAGUUUUUGAGGACUGCCUUAGACGCUUGCUUGGGCCCAUGCUGUUCCACAGUUGGGCUGAUGCUUAGCAGAAUCAGGGUGACACAUCAAACAGACAACGGAAGGACACAUAUUUGAUGACGUAUGCAUUCUAAGUAGAUCUGAUAAUGAAAUAUAUGUUUUUAAUUUAAAAAAUUCUUAACAAGUGCCAUUGAUAAAUAUAUAGACUGAGGCGUUGCAAAGUGUUUUAUCAACCAAAGCCAAAGCAUUUGCUUAGGCGCUUGAAGUUUUUUUUUUUUUUUUUUUUUUUUUUUUUUUUUUUCAAAUGGCUGAAAAUUAAUCUUUGUAUAUAAAUUUUACCCACCAGAUAUAUUUUUCCAUUCAAAUACUUCAUGUCUGUUACAUGUACUUACUCUUCAUUCAAAUAUACCGUGUAAUAUUCUUUUUGAAGAAAUAAAAGAAGUUUUUUAUA